CUCAUUUUCUGGUAAACCGGUCGUAGACUUUGUGGGUCAGUGGUGGUGACGUCCGGUAGAUUUGCCUAUCGCGAGUGCGUAAAGAACAUUAUUUUGAGUGUGCGACUGCGGCACUGUUGACCAGCAGAUCGGUGUACACAAACAAAAAGAAUGUCUGUUAGUGUUUAACUAACCACCAUGAAGACGGUUACAGGUUAUCUUUCACAUAAUUCGUUUUUACCGCAAUUGUUUGUCGUGAUAAUAGUGUCUUUGUUAUCGAGCUCAGUUUCGUCUUUAACAGUCGUUGAUCCGCCGGCCAAUACAAUUGAAAAUCAUGAAGUGACUGAUGUUGGUCGUGGUCAUAUGAAGAACAUGAUGAUGAACCCGUAUAUGCUCAUACCCCAAUUGAUUGCUUUAGGAUUUGCACCCAUAGUGUUGGUUAAUCUGAAAAUGAUGAUCAUGAAUGCGAUGAUGAUCAAUAAUAUGGCCUUAAAUGCAGCCGCUUUUAUGCUCAUCCGAAAUAUAGUUUUUGGACGUCGACCAGGACCUACAGUCAAGUACGUCAAUUAUGGUUACAAAAACAAACACCAACCACAUCGAAGAAGAAAAGCUGAAGAGGUUAAAAUCUCGUAACGACCAAAGAAAUAGUUUUCAACUAGACAUCUAGUCCAUUUUUGGUUUUAAACUAUUAAAUGUUAUAUUUUAAUAUUUGAUAUUUUAAAUUAAUAGCUAGGUAAAAAUAAUAUAUAUUAAUGUAAUUUUAAAUAGCAGUAAGUAUGUACAAUCGUUUAAUUUAUAAUAAAGCUAUCUGUGUUUAAUUA